GCCUUGGAGGAGCUUUUCAGCCAUGCUGCGAACAGGCCAGGCUUCGUUCUUCACCCUGUGCGAAAGCUCGAUUCGGACGGGGAGCCUAUGUUCUCUACCCCACACACAGCCGACUAUUGGCACGAUGCGCAGGCGUGGUUGGACAAGAAGUUUGGACCGGGUCAGGUCAUUGCCCCCCUAAUCAUUGCAAGUGAUGCAACGAUACUGAGUGGCAAUGACCGCCAGCGUGUCUGGGCCGUAUACCUGAGCAUCGCAAACAUCGCUCUUCGUCUACGGUGGCGUGACGAGGGGCGCAUUCUGCUCGCUCUGCUGCCGGAGGGGGACAAAUCGUUCACACCCGCAGAGAAGGUUGCGCUAUUCCAGGCAGCGAUGGCGGUCGUGCUUGAAGACCUCACCAAGGCCUCCCACACGUGA